ACUAAUGGCGACCUGGUAAACUUAGGUUAUGAUCUAAUGGUCUAAUGGUCUUCCUGCUCACUGAACUAAUGCAUGCCCCCGGGGAAGUGUACCUGGGAAGACACCCUCCGCACCAGUGACUUUCAGAUGUCGAAUUAAGUUUCGAUUUUAAAAGGUCUUUUUGUUUGUUUUAAAUGAAGACUGCGAUCACCUCUUCGGCGCAUACCUUGAUCCACGCGGCAUGAGUUUGUGUGUCUCUCUAGCGUCUCGCUCUGUCUGUAGUAGCACCUUUUUUUUAUACAUAUAUAUAUUUCUACGAGAAUCGAAUCGAUAUUAUUCUUUUAUUGCUUAUUUUGUUCAUUGUGAUCUUGUUCUAAGGUGAUCAGUGAACUAUUUAUAGAGUUAUGGGGACGACAUAAUUAAUGUGCAAUUGUUAUUUCACAUGAACUUUUUCCUUAUAGUUUGGAAACGUAAAUUACUGGUUCGUAUUACACGGCCAUACACUACAAGAUCAUAGCUGACAUUUGGCAAUGUCUCAUUGUAUCAGAUACAAAAUAUCUGAUAACAGACGAUGUUAUCAAUCACAGCAGAUGAAACCAAUUUGUGUACCGGCAUGCUCUAGGCAGAUAGACAUUCCAUGCAGAGAUACUGCCCCGAUAAUACUGGACGUAUAGAGCGACUUGAACCAAAAAUUAGAUAAAGUAGAAGAGCUAGCUCACGCUAGACGCUAGAUCUAAAAUUUAUGUUGCUAAAAUCUCAUGGGAAUUUCUCAAGGCUAAAAGAAAGCCAUCAACAUGCCGGAAUAAUGUGACCACUCAGGUGGUGCAGCCUGCAGCAAUGACCACAUCAGUUAGAGCAUGUAUAUCUUGAGGCUGGUCGUGCUGUCCUUACUUAUAAUUCUGGAGGGCAGAGGAAACAGUUCAAACCCUUGUGUGUGUAUCAACUCAAAAGAAAAACAAUCUUUUCUCAAACGUAUCCGACGAUUGGAAGAAGCUGCAAGAAGAGGGAACUGCCCAUCUGGUUUCAUACGCUAUAGUCGCUACUGUUACCUGUUUGUGAUGGCAGAGAGAUCCAGGUCACACUGGGGAGGUGCCAAGGAGUACUGCCGGGAGAAAGGUGCCAACUUAGUCACUCUUGAUGGAUCCAAUCAAGAGCGUUUCAUCACCAACUAUUUUAAGACCAAUUUUAAAAACAAAGAAGAAGAAUACAAACUGUUCACUGGACUUAUCUUCACUGACCAGAAAGCUUUGUUUCCCUUUGAUCCAUUGCAAGGACACCAAGACAAUCGUGGUACAAGUUUAGAAGGAGACUCGCUAAGAUGGUCGUCUACUCAAGCAGCUGUUAACAAUACUAAUGUCCACAGCGUGUCAUUGACUAAAGGCCCAGUGGCCAAAUGGUCCCCGCCAAAGAUUCAAGGCCACAUCAUUAUUGGUCCUGAAUAUUUGUCUUGUGUCGUUCUCAAAUGGAACGUGGAUCAUUUUGAUUGGCGGUUCAACAGCUGUUGGGAGGAAAAACUUCAGUUCAUCUGUGAAGCGAGACUUGGAAAACACAAGAAACGGAAGUCUAAGAAGCGACCAAAGAGAGACGCAGACGACAAGUCGUCGCCAUUUGGAAACACGGAUGACGACAUUAGUGAACAUUUACUUGAUUCUGACACGUACGAAGCUGAUGAAGAUUUUGUUUGGAUGGAUGAUAUCGAUGAUAUCCUCGAUGAAGACGCAGACAUGGAAAUAAGUGACUUGGAAGACGAUACUGACUGACGUCUGUUGGACGAGUUUAUUUUCUUGACCAAUCCUAUUGGUUCCACACAUUCUUCUAUCGAGUUUUUUGUCCAUGAAGUGUCUUGCUUGAAAGUACAACACUCUAAACGCAAUAACUGCACGUUAAUGUUUUGACCAGUUUAAGUUACAUAAUAAUGACAAUCAUUAUGAAGAUAAAAAUUUCUUUCAACUGUAACAUCAAAUCAGAUAUAUUUUUUUUUCUUUUUUUGGAAUCUGAUUCAAUGAACCCUCAGCUACAACAAAAUAAACUUCACACGCGAGACGAUACAUAGAUAUACUAACUACAGAAGUGCAGAGACAACUACCAAUGUUUAUGUCGAAGCGAUCAGAUAGUAUGCGGUUGCAACUAUUCUUCGUAUUUUAAAAUGUGUAUGCACUCUUUGACUUACAUAGGCUAAUGUGCCUAUACAGUACACACACACAAAAAAAAAGAAUAAACUAAAAAAAGCAUAUAUACAUAAAAGUACUACAUAUUUAUCCAUGUCCAGUGGGCCAUUAAAUGGUCUUUAUGGAAUUAUCCGUCCAUGGAAAGAAGAAGAAAAAAUAGUGGCGUCACGUGCCGUGAUGACUUGGGAGUGCAAGGGUCAAAACCAUAAAGACUUCUAUUCUAAAGGAGAAAAGUUGCAAAAUAUUUUGUGUUGCUAAUUACAAUUUCAGUGAGAGAGAGAAUUUUGCUUUAACAGCAUAGGAGGAAGCGAUUGUAGCUCUAGUAGACCUAGACCAAAGAAUAUUUUGCUUAGAUCUGGAUCUAGCGGGCCUAGACAAAAAUACUUAAGUGCUAGCUCUAGUAGACCUAGACCAAAGAAUAUUUUGCUUAGAUCUGGAUCUAGCGGGCCUAGACAAAAAUACUUAAGUGCUAGUUCUAGUGGACCUAGACCAAAGAAUAUUUUGCUUAGAUCUGGAUCUAGCGGGCCUAGACAAAAAUACUUAAGUGCUAGUUCUAGUGGACCUAGAUAGGUUCUAGUUCUAGUGGAUGUUCGUGUAAGAUUAUUUUGUUGAAAGAGAGUGAAACAUUUGCAGAACUAAAUCGUGAAACUAGAACAAUGUGUUGUGGUGGAUUAUAAUCUCAUUGAAUUAUUGAAUUCGUUUUCUUAGUCUUGUUUCUAUUCUUAGGGCCUAUUCUUUAUCUUAUUCUUUGCUUUAUUAUUAUUGUUGUUGUUUUUGGUUAAAGCCAUUGAACUGGUACUGUUUUUGUAGAUCAAGAUGUGAAUAAAUGUCCCUUAUAAGUCUAAUAUGUUAGAUAUCAAUGAUUUGAGUGCCACAGAUCUGACAGGCAAUGACAUUAUUGGCUCUAAACUAAAUUGUCCAAAAACAAACAUUUCAACUAGUUACUUUUAUCAUACCUAUCAAAAUAGUUUUGUUUUGCUCUGUCAGUAUGUGUGCGUUAAUCGAUGUAGAUGAGUCAGAUUUCAAACAAAAAUAACUAUAAAUAUUUAUUGCAAUUGAUAGAGUAAUGCAAUGCCAGCUUUGUACAAAAUUUAUUUCGGAUUGGGUGAAACAAUAAAAACUAUCCUAAAAUGAUGAAAGCAAUUACAAACAUCGUGUAACUACCGAAUAGUAAUGUUUUUAAUAUGCAGAAGGGGAAGACUGGUGUAAAAAUGUUAUGUCAUUGCAAAGUAAACUUGAAACAUUGCAUCUGAGUAGCCCAUACAAAUAAUGAUAAAUCCCAAACGCAAAUAAGAUUUUGGACCAACAUUAACAAGGUGCCUUAGUCUUCUUGGUUGUCUCAAGAGUGAAGUCUAAGACUCUUGGAACUCUAGGCCCACAGAAGCUCGCUCCAUCUACGUGUCUGAACAAACACCCCAAUUUCUCUGUAUCACAUCAGCCGUGUAGGUCUCCGCCAUAAAAACACCCCAAUUUCUCUGUAUCACAUCAGCCGUGUAGGUCUCCGCCAUAAAAAUGUCCCCCAGUGUAACAGUGUGUGGAUGGUGACGUUUUUUUGGGGUCUUUCUUCUAUUCCCCCCCCCCCCAGUGCAAUGAACUCGGUCCUUAGACACCCCAACGGCAAACAGGGUUCUGUUUGACUAUCCUAUUGGUCUAAUCGUCUCCUUAAACGACCGUUCCCAUCCGAGCGCCACGUUGCUCAAGAGUUGCCUUAUUCACCGUUUUGCACAACAUUCGUUAUGUACAGCAUGGUCCGAUAACUCAAUGUGUUUUGUCAGAGAGUUGGCUUUCCUUGAAACCUUUCAUUAUCUGCAACAUGGUCCAAAUACUGUCUUGUCAAAGAGUUUGUUCCCCUUGCAACAUUUUGUAUUGUACAACAGGUCCAAAUACUGGGUAUUGUGUUAGACUCUCACGCAAGGAAAUAUAUAUUAAACAUAUCCAAACAUUUUAUGAUGGCCUACAUAAAUUUUCAAGGCCUUAUUGUAUAUUUUGUAAAUUUUUUUUUUUGAUAUUGCUGUAACAAAAAAGUUUUUUAUAUAUAAUGUUUUUAGGUCCAUAAUAUAGAUAUUGAUGUUAAAGCAAAGGAAAAAAAUAUUCUGGAAUUUUAGGCUAGUUAUAAUUAUUAUUAUUAUUAAUUAUUCAAUAUAAGAUUUUUGUUUCGGUUUGUUCCAUGUUAUAAUAUAAAAUUGUCAUUAUUUCGCCGUAAGUCUUAAGAGGACAUUAAACUGUUUUGUUUCUUUCCUCACACUUACUUCAUAAUCUCAUUGAUAGAUAGUAAAACUGUACUAACUACAGAACUUACAGAUACACGUGGAAUGUUUGAGACAUUUUUUUUGGUUAUGUAGAUAAGAGGUGGUAAUAAACGUAUUAUUAUCUCAGUUAUUCUAGGCCUUGUUGUAUCUUUGUUUUGUUUGAAUAGGCCUUUUGUUAUGUGAUUUCUUUAUGGUGAUAUUUGUUUUUAUUUGCCAUCGUUAUUUUUAUAACAAUGAGUUCUGUUUUAAGGUUUGUGUUAUAGUAAGGUUUGUGUUAUAGUAAGGUUUGUGUUAUAGUAAGGUUUAUGUUAAAGUAAGGUUUAUGUUAAAGUAAGGUUUAUGUUAUAGUAAGGUUUGUGUUAUAGUAAGGUUUAUGUUAAAGUAAGGUUUGUGUUAUAGUAAGGUUUAUGUUAAAGUAAGGUUUAUGUUAUAGUAAGGUUUAUGUUAAAGUAAGGUUUGUGUUAUAGUAAGGUUUAUGUUAUAGUAAGGUUUAUGUUAUAGUAAGGUUUAUGUUAAAGUAAGGUUUAUGUUAAAGUAAGGUUUAUGUUAUAGUAAGGUUUGUGUUAUAGUAAGGUUUAUGUUAUAGUAAGGUUUGUGUUAGAGUAAGGUUUAUGUUAUAGUAAGGUUUGUGUUAUAGUAAGGUUUAUGUUAAAGUAAGGUUUAUGUUAUAGUAAGGUUUGUGUUAUAGUAAGGUUUAUGUUAAAGUAAGGUUUGUGUUAUAGUAAGGUUUAUGUUAUUGUAAGGUUUAUGUUAUAGUAAGGUUUAUGUUAUAGUAAGGUUUGUGUUAGAGUAAGGUUUAUGUUAUAGUAAGGUUUGUGUUAUAGUAAGGUUUAUGUUAUAGUAAGGUUUGUGUUAUAGUAAGGUUUGUGUUAUAGUAAGGUUUGUGUUAUAGUAAGGUUUGUGUUAUAGUAAGGUUUGUGUUAUAGUAAGGUUUAUGUUAUAGUAAGGUUUGUGUUAUAGUAAGGUUUGUGUUAUAGUAAGGUUUAUUUUAUAGUAAGGUUUGUGUUAGAGACUUGCAACUGUGUUGUGAUAUUGACAUUUAUAUAGAUAGGCCUACACAUAAGUCUUGUGAAUAAGUCUUUUUCUAGUUUUUAGGCCAAGAAUAAACUCGAAAGAACAUUCAUUUCAGCUCUUUAUUGAUCUUAUUAGAAGCAUGUUUUAACGCAUGCAGAAGAUAAACAUAGCUAAAUAGUAGAUCUUAUCUAAAUGACUAUCAGUUUCAAUUUGUCUAUUUAUGCAAAUAGUUCAACAUUAAGUUAGUGACUUAGAGAGUACAUUUUAAAAAUCGCUGGCCUAAUGGUUCGUAAGCUCUAUAAUCAGAUGAACUCUUCCAAUAUAAAGAUUUAAAUCCUGAAAUACACAGUUGCCGUUCUCUUAAAUUUCAACUAUUUUAUUGUUGAAAAGUUAUAAACGAAACAAUCUUCUGUAAUAAAGAAUCAGGCGUAGAAAAUCAGAGUGGUCAAUUCAACUGCCACACUCGCGAAGCAGUUUGUUGUCAUACAUUCUCCAAGAAGUAUUCCUUAUGAAACAUUGUAUUGAAAGAACACUGACGAACAAGCAGACGAGAUGACAGGAUGAAAUGAUGAAACUAGGCAGAUGUGUUUAGAACACAGUAGAAGUGUCCUAUAUUCAAACAACUAGAACAGUCUACAACCACAGGUGCCAAGACUUGGAGGGAAAGAGGACGACAAAGGAAAGAGUGCAUUAACGUAGUGAAACAACUCAACGUCAGGUACUUCCCAUUACGCCUGCUACAUUUCCUUGCCAGUAGCAGAAAGUUGAAUCAAACUAAGUAGUCUUUUGUUACAUAUAAUUAUCUUGAAAUAUUUAAAUUAAAAGUAUUGAUAUUAACACUAAAAUAUGUAAUGUAUAUUUGUGAACGUAUGUUCCAUUCUUCAUUAAUGUAUAUGUAUAGAAUAUAUAUCUGUAUAAUUUGUAUAAUUCGUUUGGUUAUAUGAAUUUGACUAAUUAUAAAUCUACUUCGUGUU